AAAUAAAUAAUCAUAUAUAAAAUUUAAAAUGGAACCAUCUGUUAAAUUAUCAUCUGGAUAUAAUGUCCCAUUAGUUGGUUUUGGUACUUGGAAAUCAGAACAAAAAUUAGUUGGUUCUGCUGUCGAAAAAGCUUUAGAAGUUGGUUACAGACAUAUUGAUUGUGCUGCUAUUUAUGGUAAUGAAAAAGAAGUUGGCGAAGCUUUUGCAAAGAAAUUCUCAAGCGGUAUUUCAAGAGAAGACGUUUUUAUUACAUCAAAACUCUGGAAUACUUGUCACGAACCAGAAAAUGUUAGAAAACACUGCGAAAUUACAUUAAAAGAUUUAGGUUUACAAUAUUUAGAUUUAUAUUUAAUUCACUGGCCAGUUGCUUUUAAAUAUACCGGCGAAAAAUUUACAGAUGAUAUCACCACCAUUCCAGUACCUAUUCGUGAUACCUGGUUAGAAAUGGAAAAAUUAGUUGAAGCAGGUUUAGUUCGUUCAAUUGGUGUUUCAAACUUUAAUGUUCAAUCUUUAAUCGAUUUAUUAAGUUAUGCAAAGAUUAAACCAGCUGUUAACCAAGUUGAAUUACAUCCAUUCCUCUCACAACCAGAGUUAAAGAAGUUCUGUGAUCAACACAAUAUUCAUUUAACUGCUUAUAGUCCAUUAGGUAAUGGUGCUUUUGUUGAUAAUGAAAUCGUUGGCCAAGUUGCUAAAACUUACAACAAAUCAAUCCCAAAUAUCCUUUGCCGUUGGUCUGUCCAAAAAGGUUUCUCAGUUAUUCCAAAGAGUACUACCGCUAUUAGAGUUGCUGAAAACUUUAACAUUUUAGAUUUCACUAUUACAGAUGCUGAUAUGGAAAAAUUAGAUUCAAUGAACAAAGGUCUUAGAACUUGCGAUCCAGCUAAAUUCUGGAACAUCCCAUUAUUUAAUUAAAUAAACAAUUACAAUACAUCCAUUAUAUAUUAAAAUUUUUUUAAUUAAUAUAAACUC